GAAGGGUGGAUGCUCCAAGCUGCACCUCUUGACGCGGGCGCUGGCUCCUCUCCAGGCCACCUUCCCCAUGCGCUGCGGCUGCCGCGUCUCCUGAAGACCCCAGAGCCCUUCUCCUGCAAGGUGCUGAGAGCAUGAAAGAGGAAAGCAUGUGCCCGGAGUCGCCCGAGGGCAGCCUGGUCACCAGCGAGGAGGAGGGCGAGCGGCUGCACAAGAAAUGCCACCGCAAGCGCGGCCAGGGCGGGAAGGCGGCCGAGGAGUGCGGGGUCCCGUCACCGCAGGGCAAGCGGAGCAAGCGCAGCCCCGUGCCGCAGCCCUUCGAGGACGUGCACACACAGCGUGUCAUCGCCAACGUGCGGGAACGCCAACGCACCCAGUCCCUCAACGACGCCUUCGCCGAGCUGCGGAAGAUCAUCCCCACGCUGCCCUCCGACAAGCUGAGCAAGAUCCAGACCCUCAAGCUGGCCGCCCGCUACAUAGACUUCUUGUACCAGGUCCUGCAGAGCGAUGAGCUGGACCACAAGAUCACCAGCUGCAACUACCUGGCCCACGAGAGGCUUAGCUAUGCCUUCUCCGUCUGGAGGAUGGAAGGGGCUUGGUCCAUGUCUGCAUCCCACUGAGCCGGGGUCUUACACCUCUGCCUCAAUGGAAACAACAGACCCGGCCACCCAGCACCCCAACACUUGACCACAGCAUCCGCAGUGAGCAGGAG